CAAAAUUCAAUGUUAUCUCCACUCCACCGCGACAAAAGCCUCGUCAUCAGCGCAAACCACGCACCGGAGCCAAAAUCGUUUUAUAGAUACAACGCAAAGCGAUUGUUAGCAAGCAACACCAGCAAUGGCCGCCAAAUACCAUGGCGAAGGCCACCACCAUUUCCUAAUGGUGAUCCUUGCCGCACAAGGUCAUAUUAAUCCCGCCCGUCACUUGGCACGCCGCCUCGCUCGAACCGCCGAAGCACGCGUCACCAUCGCCAAUCCUCUCUCUUCCCAUCGCCGGUUAUUUCCUUCCUCCUCUGCUUCUGCCGGCGAGCCCGACGAAAACGCAGAGGAGGCGCCCCUUGAUCCAAACGGCUCCGGAGUGGUCGCCUAUUCGCCUUACUCCGACGGCUUUGAUGACCAUGACCGCCUGGACAACAUCGACCCAGAUCUUCUCAUGGAAAGGCUCAAGACAAAUGGAUCCCAAACCCUCGCAAACCUUGCCCGUAACCUCGCCGCCAGGGGUCGCCCAGUGACCUGCUUAUUGUACACCAUCAUACUUUCUUGGACGGCCGACAUUGCCCGUGAUCUCGGCAUCCCUGCCGUUCAUUAUUGGAUCCAGCCAGCCUCCGUCUUCGCCAUCUACUACCACUACUUCCACGCCCACCCAGGCUUCUCCUUCGUCUCCACCGACGGUAAUGACUCAUCUCACGCCAUAGAACUGCCCGGUCUACCUCCGCUAAGGAAUAAAGACCUCCCCUCCAUCAUCACCAACCCAAACGCCUUCCUGAAUGGUCACAUGGAUGUAUUCAACGAGCUCGGUAAGACCAAGAAGCCCAUGGUUUUAUUCAACACGUUUCAUCAACUGGAAUCAGAGGCAAUAGACGGGAUCCAGGGAUUGGAAUUGUUCACGAUUGGGCCGACAGGGAACAAGAACUACAUGCCAGAGGUUGUGGGAAGCAGGGAUCUGUUCGUGGAGGACAAGGGUGGUUACAUGGAGUGGUUGGAGGCGCAGGAGGAACGAUCAGUGGUGUACGUUGCUUUUGGAAGUAUGUCGCGAAUGACCGGGCGGCAAGUGAAGGAGAUGUAUCUGGGGCUGAAGGAGAGCGGAUUGCCGUACUUGUGGGUGCUGCGGAAGGAUAGCAGACCGGAAGGGGUGGAGGUUGAGAUGGAUUUGAAGGACAAGAAGGGGAUAGUGGUGGAGUGGUGCUCGCAAGUUAGGGUUCUGGAGCACAAAGCGGUGGGGGGCUUCGUAACGCACUGCGGAUGGAACUCUAUGUGUGAGGCGGUGGUGAGCGGCGUGCCGAUGGUGAUGCUGCCGCAAUGGAUUGAUCAGAUGACGAAUGCAAGGUUGGCGGAGAUGGUGUGGGGGAUUGGGGUGACGGUGGAGGCAGGGGAGGAUGGGAUUCUGGAAGCCGCGGAGCUGAGGCGGGGUUUGGAUGCAGUGAUGGGGGAAGGGGAUUGUGCAGUAGGGAUUAGGAGGAAAGUAGAGGGCUGGAAGGAAAAGGCCAGGGCGGCGCUAGCGGAAGAGGGAUCAUCAGGCAGGAACCUCAAGGCGUUUGUGAGUAGUCUUUGCGAGUAGGGAUGAAUGUAGUUUUAAAUAUUUU